GGGACCGGGCGCCGGAGGGGUCGGUCCUGGGCCCCAGAGCGCCCUUACUCUCUCCUACCGCAGGCGCCUGAAGCACUUCGGAAGCUUUUGGUGGAGGAGGCUGGUUUUUUUGUUUUUGUUUGUCUUUUUUUGAGAGAGUCUCACUAUGUCACCCUCGGUAGAGUCCAGUGGCAUCACAGCUCACAGCAACCUCCAACUCUUGGGCUCAAGGGAUUCUCUUGCCUCAGCCUCCCUAGUAGCUGGGACUACAGGCAUCUACAACACCCAGCUAGUUUUUUUGUUUGUUUUUUUGUUUAGCAGGCCCUCACUGGGUUUGAACCCACCAGCCCUGGUGCCCAUGGCACCCUCACCACUGAGCUAUGGGUGCCCAGCCUCCAACAUGGUUUUUCUAUCAGCCUGUGUCAUUUUUGCUGUUGGAAAGGUUAUGGCAUGUGAUAUAUGCUGAGCUUUCUUACAGAGUGCUAGACACAGGAGAGCUCCAGUGUGUGUGUUUCCUUCCUCUUCUCUCAACUUCUUUGUACCUCUCUGUGGGUAGCCAUGUUGGACUGUUGUUCACUUAUGUUGCGAUUGCCCUGUGCUAAACUCCUUAGGUUUCAUUCUUUUCCCUGGGGUUAUCCUGCCUUGAUUUUUUUUUUCUUUUUGAGGAAAAGAUUUUGUAUUUAUUAAAUUUUGUCCUUGCUUUGAGCUCGUUCUUUUGAUGAUUGAAAUUUAAAAAAAAUGCUUGGUUAUUAUUCCUCAGAUUGAUGAUGUUUCCCAUUUCAGUAUCAUCCACAGAAUUGAUAAGUGUGUAUGUAUUCCAGGCCUUCAUCUCAGCAGUGACGAAAUAUUUUAAGCAGCUUAUUGAGGAAGUGACCAGGAUACUACCUUCUGGAAGUAAUGCCCACAGAAAGCGCAAGUUGUUCGACCUCUCGCCAAGCAAAACAAAAGCGCAAGUCACAUAGCCUUUCCAUACGGAGAACCAACAGCUCGGAGCAGGAGCGGACAGGGCUGCCAAGGGACAUGCUGGAAGGACAGGAUUCGAAACUCCCUUCCUCGGUUCGCAGUACCCUCCUGGAACUGUUUGGACAAAUAGAAAGAGAGUUUGAAAACCUUUAUAUUGAAAACUUAGAAUUGCGUAGAGAAAUUGAUACUCUUAACGAACGAUUAGCUGCCGACGGACAGGCUAUUGAUGGAGCAGAACUGAGUAAGGGCCAACUUAAGACGAAAGCCAGCCACAGCACCAGUCAGCUUUCCCAGAAGCUGAAGACCACGUACAAGGCUUCCACCAGCAAGAUUGUCUCCAGCUUUAAGACCACCACCUCCAGGGCUGUCUGCCAGCUGGUGAAGGAGUACAUCGGCCACAGGGACGGCAUCUGGGAUGUCAGUGUAGCCAGGACACAGCCAGUGGUGCUGGGCACUGCAUCAGCUGACCACACGGCCUUACUGUGGAGCAUCGAGACGGGGAGGUGCCUUGUGAAGUAUGCGGGCCACGCCGGCUCAGUAAAUUCUAUAAAGUUUCAUCCCUCAGAGCAGUUGGCUCUCACUGCUUCUGGAGAUCAGACCGCCCAUGUCUGGAGAUACGUGGUGCAGUUGCCGACUCCCCAGCCUGUGGCCGACACUAGCCAGCAAAUCUCUGGAGAAGAUGAAGUAGAAUGUUCCGAUAAAGAUGAGCCUGAUCUUGAUGGAGACACGUCCAGUGACUGCCCCACCGUCCGGGUCCCGCUGACAUCUCUCAAGAGCCACCAGGGUGUGGUCAUCGCUGCCGACUGGCUGGUGGGGGGCAAGCAGACCGUGACAGCCUCCUGGGACAGGACGGCAAACCUGUAUGAUGUGGAGACGUCGGAGCUGGUGCAUUCUCUGACAGGGCAUGACCAGGAGCUGACGCACUGCUGCACGCACCCCACCCAGCGGCUGGUGGUGACCUCCUCUCGAGACACGACUUUCCGCCUCUGGGAUUUCAGGGACCCUUCCAUCCACUCCGUGAAUGUUUUCCAGGGACAUACAGACACUGUGACCUCGGCCGUGUUCACCGUAGGAGACAAUGUGGUGUCCGGCAGUGAUGACCGCACAGUGAAAGUCUGGGACCUGAAGAACAUGAGGUCCCCCAUUGCAACCAUCCGCACAGACUCCGCCAUCAACAGAAUCAAUGUAUGUGUCGGGCAAAAAAUCAUAGCCCUCCCGCACGACAACCGGCAAGUGAGAUUGUUUGACAUGUCGGGUGUACGGCUGGCCCGGCUUCCCCGAAGCAGCCGGCAGGGCCACCGGAGGAUGGUGUGCUGCUCGGCGUGGAGCGAGGACCACCCCGUGUGCAAUCUGUUCACUUGUGGGUUUGACCGGCAGGCCAUUGGCUGGAACAUCAACAUCCCUGCGCUGUUACAAGAAAAAUAGGGUCACUGGUUUUGUCAUUUGCCAUGGACCUCUGACUGGUGCAGGCUUUUCUGCAUAGUAAUUGGCCACUUUUGUGAGAGUCUGACCCUGAGGAGGGUGCUUUGUGUGUGUCAUUUCUACACCGUGCCCAGCUUGCAUGAAAUGUACAGGGACGUGUGUCACAUGUUUAUUUCUGUCUGUGUGUGUAUCACGUCACUGGCAUCCUCAGGCCAGUGCAGGUGAAGCCCACCUCCCGCAUGGCACGUGCAUUACUUGUGAGCUGUUGGCGUCCGGCAGGUGAGCAGCAGGGCAUUAUGUGUGGGAUUAAAUGUGAAUCUGUCUACUUUUCUUGUGGCACACGCAGUCCUGCGUUUCUGGAAUAAUUACACACGUCUACCUUGUACGGGGGUACGGGGCUUCUGGUGACAGAGUUGAGCCCCAGUGUCCUGUUUACCCUUCAAGUUCUAGCACGUGCUGUCGUGUGAUUUAUCUUCAACUCGAGUUUCUGUUAUAGUUCUGUAAAAAUGAUCUGGAUUUUAGAAGUUAAAAAAGUAGCACAGAAUGUUGAGUCCAACUUUUGGAGUUUGUUUUGAAAAGAAAUGUUUUCUGCUUUUUUUUUUUUUAAUAGAAAAUCAUUUCAAUUUCCUGAGGUCUCAUACUAGAAAAUUAAAAAAUCAGAUUCUAAUCACUGAUUUCAGAUAGUAAGCAAAAUUUAAAGCACUUUAGUUUAUAGCUCUGGUUAUAAACAGGUUUUAGAAGUUUCAAGUGACUCACCCAUUUGAAUGUGAGUAGACUGAGGUGAGAAGCCUCUAUGGGAGGUUUUCGAGUCUCAGGCUCACGGCCUUGCUGGUGUUCCAGAGCCGGCCACACCACCUCAGUGGAUGCCUGGGCAGCUGUGGGUCCUGGGGCCUUGAUUUGUGGCUGGAAUACAGAAGUUAACCCAGAAGGCAGGAAAGAUGCCAGGUGUAUCCCGAGUUAGGCUCCUGUGGUGACACCUGGAGCAGGUGGCAGGGGACACGGGGUACUGCCCAGUGCUGACCUGCCACUGUGGGAGUGAGCUGACCUCUGCCUUUGUUAAGAUCACUGUUCUUCUGAUGUUUGUGAGUUCCUUUCUUGUUACAGUUUUGAUAAGGAGUCAUCUCAGUUCUUGCCCCUUUAAGCAGGUGAUUAUCUCUCACCAUCCGGGUGACGCUAUUUCUUUGUGUUUUACCCUGCUUUGUGGUGAUGUGGGAGUGUGACCAGUAGGUAAUUGGCAUAAGCCAUUUGCAGAGGUAUAGCAGGACGGGGUGCUCUGCUGUCCUCUGGAGGGUGCAGGCAGCAGCCUGGGGAGUGCCUGGCCUCACACACACAGGGGCUGCUCUCGGACUGCAGAGCUGAGGCAUUGGGAGAUUCUGGAACGACCGGCACAGCCCAGCAAGGAGGGGCAGAGGAUGACUGAUGUCGACACAGUGCAGUUAGAGGGUGCUAACUAAGGGACAGGCCGUGUGCAUUUUAGAGUCAUUUCAAGCUAAAAAUUUGUUGUAUUUUUAAAUCCUCUCACCUGACUCCACGGUUUUUGGGAACUGAAGUCAGGCUGGUCACUCUUGCUGCCCUGCCUGCAUUCCCUGUGGAGCACUGUGCCACUGCCCAGGGGUUGCUGUGCCUGGGGCCUUCUGCAUAGUGAGAGGCUGAUCCCCCCGUGGCACACGUUGGGGCUGGGCACAGGCGACUUCUGGGGGCCGAGGUGCAUAGCCAUCUGCUCUGGUGCCUGAAAGUUGAUGUCUCAGGAUGUGGUUAGGAACAUCAGAAAACGCAUGUGGUUAGUGAAAUCAGACCUUAGAACCAGAUCUCAGUCAGAUUAAAGAAUUCUGAAGCUUUAAAAAUAAAUAUUCAUGAUGGCAGACUAGUGACCUUUGCUGUGGUAACUGCUCAGCUUCUUCUAGGGGCUGGGGGGACCAGACCCAGACUCCAGAGCCAAGGCUAUGCACACUCCCUCGGGGCACAGACCCUGCUGGUGCUCAGGGACCCCCUUACUGCUGACCGCAUGUCACCCCUAGUGUGGUCGCCUCCCACUCCUUGGGGGAGAUGGGCCCAGUGUGUGAGUGUGUGCAUGCUGGUGCAGGCAUUUGCCUGAGUGCAGGUGUGUGCAUGAGUGUGCAGGCAUGUGUGCGAGCAGGUGUGUUAGUGCAGGUGUGUGUGUGAAUGCAGGCAUAUGUGUGUGUGAGUAUAGGUAAGUGCAGGUGUGUGCAUGUGCAUGCGAGUGCAGGCAUGUGUGUACAAGUGCAGGUGGUGAGUGUGUGAGUGCAGGUAUAUGAGCAUGUGUGUGAGGGUAGGCGAGUGUGAGCAUGUGUGUGUGAGUGCAGACGUGUGUGCGAGUACAGGUCAGUGGAAGUGCAGGCAUAUGCAUGCAUGUACAGGUGAGUGUGAGCAUGUGUGUGAGGGCAGGUGUGAGUGCAAGUGAGCACAGGUGAGUGUGACCAUGUAUGUGAGUGCAGAGGUGUGUGUGCACAUGCAUGUGUGUGAAUGCAGGUAUGUGCAUGUGCAGGUGAGUGUGAGCAUGUGUGUGAGAGUGCAGGUGUGCGUGCGAGUGAGUGCAGGUGAGUGAGCAUGUGUGUGUGAGUGCAGGUGUGCAUGUGAGUGCAGGUGUGUGUGUGGGUGAGUGUGAGCACGUGUGUGAGUGCAAGUGUGCGUGUGAGUGAGUGCAGGUGAGUGUGAGCACGUGUGUGGAGUGUAGGUGUAUGUGUGAGUGAGUGCAGGUGUGUGCAGAUGAGUGAGCAUGUGUGUGUGAGUGCAGGUGAGUGAGCACGUGUGUGUGAGUGCAGGUGUGUGCAGGUGAGUGUGAGCAUAUGUGUGUGUGUGUGUUGCUGACUUCUCAAGUUGUCAGUUUUGUUCCAUGUGUGAUGUGUCCAGAAUUUCAUUUAAUAAUUGAAGGAACAUACGUGCUUACUGGAAAAUGUGCAUUGAUACAGAACUUCAUAAGGGAUGUGUUGUUGGGCACAGCAACACUUUUUCUCAGCCACUUUUUCUCAUCAGUGUUGGUAGAGUCAAAAAUUCUGUACAUAUUUUGGAACCUGAAGAAUCCUAUGUAUAUCAUUUGUUACUUAAAUCUGUGAAAAACAUAUUUCUUUGGAGAAAAAAGUACGCAUUUAUACGUGUUGUUUGGAAUCAGUUGUAUUGAUGUUAUUAAGUGUUCAUCAUCUUUAUUGCAAUAUGAAAUUCAUUAAAACAUCCAUGUUCCUUGAUUACUA